AAACGCGCAGCUCGCGUCCCCACGGCCGGCCGCGGCGUGAUGCGCACGGCCCGGCCCGUGACGCCGCGGCCGUCCCUGUCCCCGUCCCCGCGUCCCCGCCGCCAUCGCGCGCCCGGCUCCGGGAUCCCGGCGCCGGGCCUCGCUCCCCAUGGGGCUGCGCCGCUGGCUACGGAGCGCCUGCUGCUGCUGCCCGUGCCGGUGCCUGGAGGAGCCCGCGCGGCCCGAGAAGGAGCCGCUGGUCAGACACCCCUUAAAUGAUUAACAUGCCCAUGUGCAGACUAGAACGAGAAUCUGAAGUUGUAAGACAAAGGAGACAAAGGAAAACAGAAGACGGGCACACCAAGCUCUAUCCCGCUCUUGGCUGCCCAUGGGGCCUCCAAGAGAAGGGUCAGCACUAAUGAGCAAAACCGGUCUCUCAACUCCUGCUGUGACAUGGCUGCUCAGUGACUCCCAGACAAGAACCUCACCUGGGAAGAUUGUCAGCCUUUCCUCGGAGACGUUUAGUUCUUAGCUAACAAGUGGGAUAGUGACCCUCACCCUUCCUGUCCCAGGCGGCUGUAUAACAGGAGGGGUGGAAUGGAAGAACCCUUGAUACAAGUGUGGAGUCUAAGGUGCCACGGCUUACAGGCUGCAAGAGCUAGUAGGCAAAAGGGACCCCCCGCUCAGCCGCCAUGCUUCUCACCGUCAUGCUGAUGUUGGACGAAGCCCCUGAAGCUGUGAACAAGCCCCCAAUUAAAUGUUUUGUAAGAGUUGCCUUUGUCAUGGUGUCUCUUCACAGCAGUAGAACUGUGACUAAGGCACACAGUCCUCCUCAUGUGACAGUUGAUUGUGACACUGCCCCCAACUAUGCAAUUUCCUUAUUCCUCCUUGAGAGUUAUUGCUCUACCACCCUUUGAUCUGACCUGUCACAGCUCAAUGGGACAGAAGCCUGGACUAGCACUGUCCUCAGCCUGACAUCAAAUCACCCUGCGUCUUCACUGUCUCACUGUAGUGUGGGCGCAAGAGCUUGAAUUUCCCCAGCCUGUGGGUGCCUGGGGCCUCCUAGUGCUGAUGCCCUUUCUUGAGCAGUUUUUCCCAAUGGGAUUCUUGGCCCUCGCUCCUCACUCCUCCGCUCCUCCUUUGAGUGAAAGGCUGAUGUUGUCGCCAUAAGAGCGCCCAAAUUUCCUUCUCCUUUCAUGCAGUCGAUCACUUCUUCCUCUCUGCUCUCGUCAUUCUGUGCUGUAAAUUGUUCUUACCUUCCUCUAUUGUAAGGGCACAUGCACAAAGUACUCAGUGGUAACAAUCCGUAUUCCUCCUUUGGAGCGACUCUGGAGAGGGAUGAUGAGAAGAAUUUAUGGAGCAUGCCUCAUGACGUGUCCCACACAGAGGCGGAUGACGAUAGGAUCUUGUAUAAUUUGAUAGUCAUUCGUAAUCAGCAGACCAAAGACUCAGAGGAAUGGCAAAGACUCAACUAUGAUAUCUACACCCUGCGGCAGAUCCGCAGGGAAGUGAGGAACCGAUGGAGACGAAUCUUAGAGGACUUGGGCUUUCAAAGGGAAGCCGACUCUCUGUUGUCAGUGACCAAACUCAGCACCAUGAGUGAUUCUAAAAACACAAGGAAAGCCCGGGAGAUGCUGUUAAAGCUGGCUGAAGAGACCUCUAUCUUCCCCGCCAGCUGGGAGCUCUCCGAGAGGUACCUCUUGGUUGUGGACCGGCUCAUUGCUCUCGAUGCUGCUGAGGACUUCUUUAAGAUUGCUAGCCAAAUGUACCCCAAGAAACCUGGGGUCCCAUGCCUGGUGGACGGCCAGAGAAAACUGCACUGCCUUCCAUUUCCAAGCCCCUGAAGGGAGGCCCAGAAGAGCGGAGUUCUUUUACCACGACACAGGAAUUUACCAAAGUUGGACGGCUGCCUACGGUUUCGAGCGAGCCAGGAGAGGGCCUUCUCCAGUCAAACACUAUCGUGAAUCCUACAAAUAUAAGGUCUUCUUCCUCAGGACCUUGGCCUAAGGAUGCUCUGGUUACAUUAAAACACCCGGCUGCCACCAUGCAUCGAGAAAGGAAGGCUAAAGAUUAGUUGGUGGGUGGGUAGUUCUUCCUGGAUAGUCAGGUUCCAAGAACCUGUGGCCUCAUUGGCUAUAUAAGCUACAGUUGUUCAUUCUGUGCAGGACUGGUGUUUUCUAAUCAACACAAUGGCAUGACUAAUAGAGAAGGGUGUAACCGAGCCCUCACCUACAUCACCAACUUCAAGGUAGUCAUUAUUAGGUGUAAUACUAGACAAGGAGCCCCAGACUUCAUAAAACCCUAGGCCUCGCGUGACCUGUUUGAUUCGGAAACACCUGCAGCAGCUGAGAUGCUGUUUGGGGCGUCCCUCUGAGCAUCAGGGGGUGUUAUUUACAAGUAUAGGUGAGCCAGACAGUAGAAGUGUGCAGACGUGCAGCUAAGUGUCUUCACCUGUGCCACGAACACCCCGAACCCUCAUCUUAACCCCCAGCACUGACGUUACCCAGUUGCCUCGACUUUUUUUUUUUUUUUUAACAUGUUGCCCAUUUCUGAUACAAAAGCCCUUGGCAUUUUUAUGAAGAAUAGCAUCUGUAAACUGGAGUGUUUGGCCUCUACUUCCUAUCUUGAAUCUGUGUCCUGAGGGUUGCAGCUGCCUAGGGACCUUUUGGUGCAGACUUGCAGGUAUGCAGGCAGUGGUGUAUGCUGACAGAGGUCGCUGCUGGGUCUUCACGCUGAAGGUGAUUUUCAGACUGGAGCUCUGCUAGCAGUGCAGCUUGCCCACAGAAUGCCAAGCCCCACUUCCAAGAUCGUAAGGAGCUUGCCAAGAGGACCGGGGCUCGUUCUGUUGAAAAGCCUUUCAAGAUUUGUGGGAUUUAUCUGUAGACUUCUGAGAACAGUAGAAAUAUUUUUAUUUUUUAAUGAUUUUGCACUUCUGAAUUCAGGUGGAAAAUAAAUUUGUAUUAGUUUGUUCAGGGGAUUGUGACUUGAAAAAUUUCAUAUCCUGAGGGUUUUUUUUUUUUUUUUUUGCUUGUAUACUCCAUGUUUAAAAUAUUUACUAGGAAAUACAUGUCCCCUGUUCAUUAAUAUAUUGUAGACUAAUUUAACAGGUGCAUUUCAGGGAAAUUCUUCCUAGUUUAAUAAGUAAGCUAAAAGUUUUAUUUUAUUUUUUUAGUAUUUAGUGCAUAUUCUCUACUUCAUGCUGUUUAAAAUUAGCCUGCAAAUAUUUUCAGUCACUUCUGUGGGCUAUUAGAAGAUAAAGAAUAAAAUAAACAAAAGACAUCCUAGAAUGUUGUACUGUUUUAAUCUCAGAAUUUGUUUUGGCUUUUGUUUUCUUUGAUGUCAAAAUAGAUGAAAUUGUCUGUGUCUGUGAAUUGUAAACCAUUCACCAUAGUUUUUAUUCUUUGGUAACAAACAAGUAAGGAUAAAAUUAUCUCUGCAGUAACGAAAAUACGUGCAAUUACCCAAGGAAUUAAAAGACUUUGCUGUGUGCCUUUAA